AUGUUAACAACCAUGUACUUCUUAUCCAUCACGCUGUUGCUAUGGGAGCGUGUUGCUGCAGACAAGUGCGUCCCUUUCACCCAAAAGGGCGUUUCCCUUCAAGGUCACGUGAUCGACACAAGGAUCGUCGACAACAAAACGCACUGCGAGCAGAUUUGCUUCGAUGAGAAGAUGACGUGCACAUCUAUCAACUACAAACCGGCAGAGUCGCUAUGCGAGUUGAACUCAGUUUCUCACAUGACACAUCCGGACAAGUAUGGCCCGGACGCUGACUCAUUCUACGCCAUGGUGAGCCCGCCGAUCUUAUGCAAUAAAAAUUACUGUGGAAACGGCAAGACAUGUGUUGUGUUGGAUGAAGUAGUUACCAAACAACCUGCGAAACGAGGAGGCGAUUCAGUAGAGAUUCUGGGAGGUCGACUAACAAAUUCUUCAGCAAAGGAGCUGGGCGAAACUGUUGAGGAUAAAGCAGGCACAGGGGGCGGGGGAGGGUCAUUUGUUUAUACAAGCACUGGUACAUUACUUCUCGCUGCUGGAGGGGGAGGGGGUGUGUCAAAUGGUCUUGUCGGUGUAGACGGGCAAGUGUCCGAAAACGGGACGGCUAGUCAUGGAUUUAAACCCAUUUAUAGUCGCGGUGGGGGGACCAAUGGUAAUCCGGGGGUGUGCAACACUGCUGGAGGGAAUUGGCAUGGAGGGGUGGGUGCGGGAUGGAACGGCGCAGGUUGCUACAGAACCAGCACUGUGCAUGGUGAAGCAGGCGGGUCUAGAGCGGAGGGCUGGCUGGGCGGUAGAGCCGGAGGUAUGAACAGUGGGUACAACGGUGGGCCUCCCCCUGGGGCGGCCGGUGGAUUUGGAGGAGGGGGUGCAGAAGACAAUGGUGCCUCUGGGGGUGGGGGUGGGUAUUCAGGAGGAGGUAGUGGUAUACUUUACAAGCAGGCCGGUGGUGGAGGGGGUUCAUUUUGUGGUGGGAGUUACUGCAAGGGAAUUACAGGGGGUAACUCAGACAGCAAUGGAUAUGUGCGUAUUAUAUUUCUUGGUCUGUAA